AUGAUGUAUCCAUUAUAUUCGGCUACCAUUUGUGAAUUGGGAAUGCAUUUGAUUUCAUAUUAUUUGGACGAACAAAACGAAUGGGCGCUUAAUAUCGACGAAUUGAGCCGCGCUUACGAAGAAUCCAAGAGUCACUGCAAACCCAAAGCGAUUGUUGUGAUAAACCCGGGAAACCCAACCGGUUCUGUACUCACCCGACAUAAUAUUGAAGAUAUUAUUCGUUUUGCAAAACAAAACAAUUUAAUAAUAAUUGCUGACGAAGUAUAUCAGCACAAUAUCUGGAAAAAUGGGGCAAAGUUUUACUCAUUUAAGAAAGUAAUGCAUGAAUUAGGCAUAAGACUUGAAUUGGUGUCAAUGAUGAGCGCUUCCAAAGGUUUUAUGGGCGAAUGCGGUCUUCGGGGCGGAUAUUUAGAGAUCUCUAAUUUUGAUGCUCAGGUGAAGGCCAUGUUCUUGAAGAUGUUGAGCGCCCGACUCUGUUCAUCCAUUUUAGGCCAAAUAGCGAUGGAUUGUGUGGUGAAACCGCCUGCCAUUGGAUCGCCUUCUUAUGAGACGUUUAUUAAAGAAAAGGAAGAAGUCUUAGAAUCUCUACGAUUGAGGGCUAAACUGACAGCCGAUACGUUUAAUUCGAUACCAGGAAUAGUGUCCAAUCCAGUGGCCGGCGCUAUGUAUGCCUUUCCCAGAAUUGUUUUGCCAGAAAAAGCUAUUAAAGCGGCCGAAGAGAGGGGACAGAAAGCAGACUUUUUCUAUGCGAUGACUUUACUGGAAAAGGCGGGUAUUUGUGUAGUGCCGGGCUCUGGCUUUGGCCAAAUUCCUGGUACUUAUCACUUCCGGACCACUAUUUUGCCACAAAUUGACAAAUUGGAGAAAAUGAUGAAAAAUGUUUGCAAUCGUUUGACAACAAACACAACAAACACACAAACCAUGCAUUCAAUCACCAAAUCGUGCGAUACUUUCGUUGUGUUACCGCCGAUGACGGCCAACAAUCUGACCGUUUUUGGCAAGAAUUCCGACAGACCUAAUGGUGAGGUCCAGGAGAUUGUCUUUUAUCCGUCACAAACACAUGCAAUUGAGUCCAAAACAGAGUGCACUUACAUAUCAAUUGAAUCGACACCACAAACACAUGCAGUCAUCUUAAGUAAGCCGUCGUGGAUGUGGGGCUCAGAGAUGGGCGCCAAUGAGUUUGGUGUCUGUGUUGGCAACGAAGCCGUUUGGACACAACUCAAUGGACCCAAUGAUGUGGACGAACGACUUCUGGGCAUGGAUUUGGUCCGAUUGGCACUCGAAAGAGCUCAGACCGCUCGACAGGCUCUCGAUGUGAUGACCGCUUUGUUGGAGAAGUACGGACAGGGAGGCACCUGUUCCGACACCUCCUCCUUCACGUAUCACAACGGCUUUCUUAUAGCCGAUCCAAACGAGGCCUUCGUUCUCGAGACGGCUGACAGACAAUGGGCUGCAGAACGGGUGGAGACGGGCUUCAGGAAUAUAUCCAAUUGUCUUAGCAUUGGAACCAAAAUUGAUUUCAUGAGCAAAGACUUGAAACAAGUGGCCAUUGAUAAGGGCCUCUGGGAUGGCGUCCAAGAGUUUAACUUCGCUAAAGUCUACGGCACUGGAAGUGCUGACAACCAAAGAUUUAUUGCUGGAAAAGAGUUACUACAGAACUAUUCCAAAGACAACGCGUUUGAUAUAAAUUCAAUGAUUGCAAUCCUGAGGGACGAGUCGAGUGGUAUUUGCCGCUCAUGUGAUGACGCUUUCCCCUCGACAUCGAGUCAAGUUUCGGUUCUAUCGAAGACUGAAUCGCGUCCGUCCUGUCACUGGUUUACGGGAACCCCAGACCCGAAGCAUUCGGUGUUCAAACCAUUUGUGUUUUGCCCCAACUUUGAGAUGAGUCCAAACAUUGUUUCGCCGGCAAUACCUGACGAUCCCGUGAAGACUAUCCCUCGCUUCCAACGACAAGUUGAUAGAAGACAUACUCUCUAUAAAAUGCAUGAAAACUUUUACCCAAAACUGAUUCAAACCAAUAAUGAGGGACAGGAAUUGCGUCAAACACUCAGCCGUUUGGAAAGCGAUUGUAUUGAAGAAGUGGAGCGAAUGCUUAAUCAGUUCGACCCAAACGACCAAUCAUUUAAUGUUAAGGACCUGUUUAACGAUUGUGUCGAAUCUGAACUCAGAUUUUAUAAAUGA